UUACUACUAAAUACAGAGUUAUUGACACACUCAUUUUGCAAAGACAGAGAGAUGGCACUGAGAGCAGCCAUACUUCACCAUGUUCGUGUGCCAAUCCAAGGGGCUCCCAAAUUGCAACCAUGGUGUAGUUCUCUGACUUUCCUACGCUUCAUGUCCUCACACGGUGAUGAUCAUCUCACCAAAGAAGUGGUCAUCGAGAGAGUCGUUGCUGUUGUCAAAGAUUUUCCCAAGGUCGAUCCCUCCAAGGUGACUCCAGAUGUCCAUUUCCAGAAGGAUUUGGGAUUGGAUAGCUUGGACAAUGUGGAAAUUGUAAUGGCACUAGAAGAGGAGUUCAAGCUAGAGAUCCCAGACAAGGAAGCUGAUAAAAUUGACUCUUGUCAUCUUGCCAUUGAAUAUAUUUCUAACCAUCCUAUGGCUAGUUAAGUAACUAGUAGUCUUUUCCCUAUUUGAAUCCAUGUUGAACUUAAGCAUCAAGGCAACCUUGAACCUUCCCCUUACUUUCUCUGGAUGUUUCUUUUUCUUUUCUCAUUUAAAUUGGAGGAAAGGGGCUGGUUGUUUAAAAUAAUGUGAAUUGUUCUGAGAGGAGUUUACCAAUGAAGAGCUGGUGGUGCUGGGUUUUUGAAGGACAAUAAUUUCUACUGAGUUUUGAUUUUUUCCAU